AUGGCCGACGCACCCAAGGUAGUACUCGUUACCGGUUGUUCUGAAGGAGGCAUAGGAUUUUGGCUAUGCAAAGAGUACGCGGCCAAAGGCUGCAAAGUCUAUGCCACCGCCCGGAGGACAGAAGCCAUGGCCAGCCUGGUCCACCCAAACAUCGAACGUCUUCGUAUGGACGUGACCGAUGAAGCAAGUAUCAAGGCCGCGGUGAACAAGAUCAUCGAGAAGGAUGGGCGCAUCGAUAUCCUCGUUAACAACGCCGGCAUGACAUGCUCAGGUCCUAUCGCUGAGGUCGACGUGGAACGCAUCAAGCAGACCUUCGACACAAAUGUCUUUGGGAUCAUCCGAACCGCCAAGGCAGUCAUCCCACACAUGGCCGCGCGCAAGAGCGGCACAAUCGUCAACAUAGGCUCCGUGGUGGGCGAAAUCCCCAUUCCGUUCGCGGGAAUUUAUUCCGCCUCAAAGGCGGCGGUACACUCCGUCACGGAUGCGCUGUAUAUGGAGUGUCGGCCCCUGGGCAUCUCCGUAGUGCUCGUCAGCGCAGGCGCGGUGCGCACGAACAUCGUCACGAACAUGGGCACGCACUUCACCGUACCCGAGACCGUACUCUACGGGGACUACGCAAGCGUGAUUGCAUACGAGUUCGACCCGGAGAGAAUGGCGAAGGCGUCGGCGACUCCCCCGGAGAAGUUCGCGCGGGCGGUGGUGGGGAAGAGUCUGGCCAAGGCGCCGGCGCGGGUGGUAGCUGCUGGGCUGGGCUCGUCGAUUAUCAGUUUCUUGGGGUGGUUCCCUAGAGGCUGGGUUCUGCGCCUUUUCUGGAGUCAGUUGGUCGAGAAACAGAGGGUUGCGCUGGCGAAGUCGAAGUAA